GGGGCCGGGCGAGGCGCUUUUGUUCGGGCGGCGGCGGCGGCGGGGGGACCAUGUCGUACGUGCCGGGGCAGCCGGUCACCGCCGUGGUGCAAAGAAUUGAAAUACAUAAGCUUCGUCAAGGUGACAAUUUGAUUCUGGGAUUCAGCAUUGGAGGUGGCAUUGAUCAGGAUCCUACUCAGAAUCCUUUCUCUGAAGACAAGACCGACAAGGGUAUCUAUGUAACAAGGGUGACAGAAGGAGGCCCAGCAGAAGUUGCAGGACUUCAGAUUGGAGAUAAGAUCAUGCAGGUGAAUGGCUGGGAUAUGACAAUGGUGACCCAUGACCAAGCUAGGAAGAGGCUGACAAAAAGGAACGAGGAAGUGGUACGGCUGCUGGUGACCAGGCAAUCUCUGCAGAAGGCUGUGCAACAGUCCAUGAUGUCCUAAUCACUCAUCAAGCUGGGGAAGGGUUGGGGAGGGAGAUAUAUAGACUGAUAUCAAGCAAAGAAGCAAAUGCUAGACCUGAACAGGUUGUCUGGAAGGAGGGCAUGUUCCUAACUGUGGUAAACACUAUUUUUUUUUUCUUUUCCUUUCUCUGGUGUAACUGGCAGUAGUAAAACUCUAGUUCCCCCAGCAAGAGUGCUUCUCUAAAGUCUUCCCUGCAGGUACAUGGUAAGACUUUAGGUAGUCAUGGCUUUCAGGAGGACAGGACAAACCCUAGUUAGCCAAGGAAGCAACUGGAAAAGCAUUAACUGUGGCAGUGUUCUUUUGUAGCACCAAAGCUUUCUAUUUUAGGAGGAAAUGUGGUUUCUGCUAUGGAAGAUAAGAGGGUUCAUGGUCCUUAAGCUUUUAGAUGUGAGCUGUCCUGUCCUACCACACUACCAAAUUAAAAGGCCAGAACUAAGAUUUGCAUACUGCUGUGGGGAAGAGCACUGUACUAACCCCACAUUGUGUGCUAGCUAGACAAAGUGUGCUGAAGGGUUUGGGGCAAUACGGUUUACUGCAGAUUCCCUGUACAAAGCAGCUUCUUCAGACAAGAAACAACUCAGUAACACAGAAGUGCUAGAUUAAUGCCCAUGAAGUACACUAAAAGUACAGAGACACUACAGUUCAACUUCACUGUCAGGAAAACCUUAAUCUCCUUGUUCCCAAGUAAUUUGUAACAUCAGAUGAAUCAAGUUUAAAUGAAAGAGGAAUAUGGAGCAGGAAAGAAAACACUGUUGCUGAACUUACCAAGAGCUGCUUGUAGUGGUGGAGUCUUCAGUUCUUCAUUCCACUUCUAUCAGCCUUUAAAUGAGAGGGGCAGAUUUUGGUCUGUCUUCUAAAAGACUUUGCUUAGAUCACUGAUUGAUUGGAUGGAAGAGAUGAACAUGCCAGUAAUUUGCAAAAGUGCCUCUUGACCAAAUUUAAACUUUUGGUGAAAUAUUAAGUUGUUUAAAUCAACAUGCCACAGGAUUUAAGAUUCUUGCUGCAAGACAAUUAUGCUAGCAUCCUAGUGGUUUGUUAACCAGCUAGCUUUACAAUUAUCCAAAAACUGGAGUUCUCAAUCCCCUUCAGUUGAUUUUAUACAUAUCUACACUUUCCUUAAGCAGUCUUCAGGUAAGCUGUUGUAAAUAGAACAUGAGGAGGUGGCAGACUAACUUAUUCAGUACAUUACUGCUGUGCCACAUGCAUAUGUUGCGAUUAAUGCAUCUCAGACUGUUCUGUACACACCAGCAGAUGCCUAUUUACCAUUUUUAUAUCUAUGGAAUUACUACAAUCACGCUUUUGAUUUUUGUAACUUAAGAAUUCAGUGGUAAAUUUUAAGGCUUUCAAGUUGAAGUUAUUUUUGUUACUAUAAAGAUACACUGCUAUUUGUACUGCUAUUUCACUUGAUUUUACACACAAUAAAACAAAGUUGGAUUUCCUGA